GGGAGGACCUGGCUGGGCCCCACCCAGAAAUAUCCCUGCACACGCGGCCUGGGCAGGGUGAGGCUCCCAGGGCACCGCAUUAGCAAGGCCACUGGACUCACCUCCAGGAACCCUGAAAAGGUGUGCAAGGGGCGAUUGUGACCUGGGAGACCUCAGGGGUUAAAACCCUGUCUUGGGGGGGCUCCAGCAGGGCCUCGUGGGCCCCGUGUCGCCCCAACACCUGGAUGGGGUUGCUGGGGAGCAACCUACACAGAGGCAGCUUGGCCAGCAGUAUAGUCCACUGCAGAGGAGGCCAAGCCAGCUGCCCCCUCCCCCAUGCCAGGGCAGGUGGAGGGCCUCCCAAGGGACCCGUGGGCGCGGCUCAGACCAUCCCUGGCUGCUUCAAAGAGGGGCGACUUGGGACCUACGGGGACGUCCACCUUCCAGGCCUUUGGAAAACCGGCGGCCCCCGCCCAGCUGUGCGGGAUCCAGGGGCUGGAAGAGCCACUUUCCCGGACCCACGCUCAAGGGUCGGCGGCUUCUCAGGGACUUCCCUCUGCCUGGGUGUAGCCCCCUCCCCACCCCCAGAAGCCGCCCGGUCCUCAUGGUGCCAGGGACAGCGGGACAGCGCGUGGCCGAAUGGGAGCCCCACCCGUUGGGCAUCGCGGACUGGGCCUGGACCGCCGGCUUUCCCACAGGGAUCGCGGGGCGGGCCAGUGGCGCCGGCCUCCGAGUGCGCGCGGGCGUGUGCGGAGCGCCCGUGGACGCGGCGCCGGAGGCCGGGACGCGAGCUAGGUUCCUGGCCGGGGUUGUUGUGGGGCGGGGGGUGGGGGGGCGUCGCGAGGUGGAGGUGCCCCGGACCGAGGUUAUUGAGGCUUGAUGGACAGCUACUGCUCCUCACUGUUGCUGUUUUGGGUAGUUGGGGGGAGGGGGGAGUGGUCCCAGCUCAGACAGACAUCCGGGCUCCCCUCCCUCGCUCAGAAAUGGUGCCUUCGCGGUCCUCCCGCCCCUGGUCCCGGGCAGCCCACGCCAGGGAACGCUGCAGCAGCCCCGCGAUGGAUCUUCCUGCUCCUGCGGCGUUGCGGCUCUGCUGUCCUGGGGUCUCCAGUGGAGAAAAGGGAGCGCUGGCUCCGCCGCCACCCUGGAAAGGUAGCCAGGGAUGGCGGUGCGGACGGCGAGGCCUUGGCGCCGCGAUGGGGCUGGGCGGCGCCGGCGCGGACGCCAGCCGGGCCCCCUCGGCCCAGACGGGCGCGCCCUGAUUUACCAGCCUUAUUAAAGACGCGUUGUAACUUCCCACCUUCUUGCCGCAGGACCCGGGAAGCCACCGGGCUUGGCCACAACCAGGGCAGAGUGAAUGUAAAGCAGACCGUGGUCUGAGGCAGUGUCUGAGUGAGACGUCCAGGUGAAGCAUGGACCCCAGCCGCUCCGCGGGGCAGCAGUAGGAGUGAGUCCUUCCUGGGUGCCACUUCCAAACAUGGGCUUCAUAAACAGCACCAGGCGCAGUGGAUAGAGGCCCAGCCUACCCCGUGUGACGUCAUCCUGACCAGUUACACCCCGCUGCUUCCUGCAGACACUGGGCAGUAGGAAGUCAACCCUUAGUGAAGUGCUCUCCAUGGUCCGUCUCUCUGCCUGUGCUGGCGCAGACCCUGACUGGUACGAGGAGUCUGGACCUCAGGCGUCGGGAGGAAGUCCCACCCAAGACUCGAGAACCAAGCCUGCGGCACCGGGUUUAUCAUGGGGUGCAGCAACUGGACCCCGUCACAGAGGACAUCGGCAGCACAAGGGUGAGUUUGGACUUUGUUCCUGGGUGACCAGAGGUUGUGGGAGGCGCAGGGCCGGGUGUGACGGUCACGGGGGCACCAGGAGAGGGAUCCAGACCGGAGCUGCGGGAGCAGCACAGCAUCAGCCGGGUGAGCCUGCCACGUUCCUGGUGUGCGGGUGGCAGAGCCCACGCCGGGGCCCGCCGUCCUCCCCUCCGGGCGCCUGGGUCCUUCUGCGCGUGGACAGGAAGCUGCUUGCUGACUGCCAGGGAAACACAUUCCAAGCCUCUCCAGGAUUGCUUGGGGGCCCGCUCAGGGGGGCUUACCUGCCCGCCAGUGUGACUUCUUUUCUGCGCAAAGGAUUUUGUGCCUCAGUAUGAACUUGAAGAACCAGCGAACUCAGGGCUGCCCAAGUUCCGUUCCAUUAUCCUCAGCCUGCGGGAUGGUCAGCAGCCCUCCUGCCUGGGAGACAGACGCGGUAAGACAGCUCCUUGCUGUGGUCAGAUCCCGGGGUCUUCCUCACAGCUUCCGGCACAGGGUGGUCACGUGCCCGGCUGAUUCCCCGUGCCGUACGUAGACAGUGCUGGAUUAUGCAGGAAUCUGGACGGACCGCAGGAGUGGGAAAUAAUGCUGUCAAGUAGAGGUGGCUGCCAUUGCGAACGCCGUUAAUACGGAUGGAGACGACUUACAUGCGAGCCUUCCCUUGGUGUCAAGACGUUCCGGUCGUAACACGAAGCCUGGGUUAGCAGUUCCACUGCGCUGUGGCUGGGAAGCAGAAUACCAACGCUUCCGCGUCGUGUCACGGAGCUCCUGAUAGACACAGGCAGGAGGAGCAAUUCGGCGUCACUGGGAAAAGCGGUGCUUCUAUCUCCAAGCUCACUGGGCUAACUCCGUGCAUGCCUACUGUAUGCAAAGCCUAUCUUUGACUAUCAUCUGCAUGCAGCAAACUCGAUGUCAAUUAGGAAGUGCUAUCAACACCCCCUGGCAUCCUCACUGGGGAAUUAAACCCGGCCGGGCUUCCGGGAGUGCAGUGGGUUUUCUGUGAACAGAGGAAGGGAGCGAACGUGCUGUAGUUCCCGGAGCCUCGUCAGGUCUGUAGUCCACUCCGGAGCAGUUCGCACCUGACGUCGUCAUGGCUCUGUGUCACUGGAUUACGUAAGAAGCUAAAUAAAAGAUGGUCCGUGAAUAGC